UCCUCGCUGACCGGAUUACAGUCCCGAAUGGGCAACAUCCUCCCUACUGGAUGGACUACACUCGGGCGUCCACCAUCCGCCCUCACCCUCUACCUGUGCAGAACUUCUGCGGUAGCAUCCCCAACGUUCGCAGCUUUACUCAUUUCCUUUGCAUUUACAGUAUUCGCAUCCAGACUUCGUCCAAAGGAGUAUCAAUCGAUCUACGCAGAUUCAACCCGAAGCGUCCCAGGUAUUGUGAUGAGCAUUCUCUGCCCUUUCACAUUCAAAGGCUUUAUAUCACCUCGUCAAUUCCGCUUUGCUCUUCUAUUCACUUCCUCUCAUCAUCUUCUACCGUAAUCGUUGAAGUCGACUCCACAGUCACUUCGUCCUCUCCUUUCUUCUAUUUCACCCGUUGCGGCGCCACUCGUUUCGCCCAACAUGCAUUCUCUCAUUGUUGCACUCUCUCUUGUAGCAGCUGCCGUUGCAACGCCAGUUGCUGCUCCAGGUCCGCUCGCAGCAGCGGCCAAGCCCAAGCCGGUCGCCAGCUCUUCUGCAUACCCUGCCAGUUCUUCAGUCGCUGCCCCAGUCUUCGCCUCCGCCUCCAGCUACGCGGCCCCCUCGAGCUCCUACUCUUUCACCGCCCUCCCUGUCUCGAGCUCCUACUCGGACAGCUACUCGGCAUCGAACCCAAUCUACGCAACCAGCACUUCAGGUGGUGUCGGGCCCUACCCAACCCCUCCAAGCUACGGAGGAAGUCAGGGUGGCGGUUACGGAGGCGGCGAGGGUGGAAGCUAUGGUGGCGGUAGCGGCGAAGGCGAGGGCAGCGGAUACGGAAGUGGAGGUGAUGAGGGCUCCGGCGAGGGUAGCGGGUACGGAAGCGGAGGUGACGAGGGCUCCGGCGAAGGUAGCGGAUACGGGAGCGGAGGUGAAGAGGGAUCCGGUGAGGGCUCCGGCGAGGACAGCGGGUACGGAGGUGCAGGAGCACCAUCGCCUUCUUCCGGCUCUGAGCCAGCAGGCUCGUGGUCCUUCCCAGGCUCGGCAAGCCCACCGUACGGACAAGGGAACCAGGUUUGGAACACCUUUCUCUGGGAAGAGAUGUUCCUCUGGUGGCUCCAAUACGUCUACACCGGUCCUCUUCCUCCUUACUAUACGCCCGGUGAGCCUGGCAGUUGGACCCCAUCUUCUGCCACGACUACCACCUCCGGCUCCGGGUCAGGAUCGGAUAGCUGGAUCGCGUGGCAGCCAUCCCCGCCAGCAUAUCCGACUGCGCCGCCUAGUGGCGAAGGGAGUCCACCACCAUGGGUCUACGAGCCUCAGCAGACCCAUUCAAUCCCGUCAUACCCACAUCCCGGUCCCCCAGGCCCCGUGCCCUCUUACCCAGCUAGCAGCUCUGAGGGGCCGGUGCCUUCCUACCCGGCAAGCUCUUCAUACUAUCCGUCGUCCUCGGUCUACUCAGCGAGCUCCGCUGCUCCGGUCUCAAGCUCAGCAGCUCCAUUCUCUAGCUCAGCAGCUCCGGUCUCGAGCUCAGCGCCCGCGGCGUCCAGCUCAGCAGCUCCGGUCCGACAUACACUGAAACAUCGUCACGGGCAUGGGGAUGCAGCCUGACUCCGAGUAUAACAGAACAUGACACGCCUAGGGUGUUUUUCCUUUCCAAGGGAUUUUGGCUGGGCCGGAGGUGUGGACAUUCAUCGUAUAUGGGCACGUUCUUCGCCGAUGAGAUGAAGGAGGUAAUUGAGCUUACAAUCAGAGGACGAAUACGAAGUUCCCGUUCCCAGAUCAGUUUAA